CGGAGCGGUCCAGAGCACAGAUUCGAUGCUGGGCGAUGCAAGUUCAUCCCGGAGCUAAGAGAGGCUUAGGCACAUGUUUAAGAGCUGCCCGCGAGUUCUUUGCUGAUGAGAGUCUGUAUCCAUUUGGAUUAAAAUACCCACGCAGUUUGUGACUAAAACGGGAGGGGGUACAACGGAAUACCAGGUAUCUAUUACACCAUUUCUCUGGUGAAGGCUAUUCAGCAGUGGUGACCUCUUCCAAUCGAACACUCCACAAAUUAUUAUCUCUGGACUCCCAGCUGACACCCUGCCGGAGGCUAGAGCUACUAAGCCAACUGGAACUGUGCCCGUACUCCUGUCAAGGUUUUUUUCUUACAGAGGAAAAAGAAAGAAAAAAAAAAAAAGAUGAAGUUGGGCAAAGUGGAGUUCUGCCAUUUUUUGCAGAUAAUAGCUCUUUUCCUGUGUCUUUCUGGGAUGAGUCAAGCAGAAUUCUCAAGGUCCAGAUCAAAGCCCUAUUUCCAGUCAGGGAGGCCACGGACCAAGCGCAGCUGGGUGUGGAAUCAGUUCUUUGUGCUGGAGGAAUAUAUGGGUUCAGAUCCUCUUUAUGUAGGAAAGCUUCACUCUGAUGUUGAUAAAGGAGAUGGCUCCAUCAAAUACAUCUUGUCAGGCGAAGGGGCAAGUUCCAUUUUCAUUAUUGAUGAGAAUACUGGGGAUAUUCAUGCUACAAAGAGGCUGGAUCGGGAAGAACAGGCCUACUACACGCUCCGAGCACAAGCACUAGAUAGGCUGACUAAUAAACCUGUGGAACCAGAAUCGGAAUUCGUCAUUAAGAUUCAGGAUAUCAAUGACAAUGAACCAAAAUUUUUGGAUGGCCCAUAUACUGCAGGUGUGCCUGAAAUGUCUCCUGUGGGAACCUCGGUGGUACAAGUAACAGCUACGGAUGCAGACGAUCCUACUUAUGGCAACAGCGCCCGAGUGGUUUACAGUAUUCUGCAGGGACAGCCAUACUUUUCUGUGGAGCCAAAGACAGGUGUCAUCAAGACCGCCCUUCCCAACAUGGAUAGAGAGGCUAAAGACCAGUAUUUGCUUGUAAUUCAAGCAAAGGAUAUGGUUGGGCAAAAUGGAGGACUAUCAGGGACUACGUCUGUCACAGUCACCCUUACUGAUGUCAACGAUAAUCCACCCCGCUUUCCAAGAAGGUCUUACCAAUACAAUGUCCCAGAAUCAUUGCCUGUGGCAUCAGUGGUGGCUCGAAUUAAAGCUGCUGAUGCUGAUGUGGGACCAAAUGCAGAAAUGGAAUACAAGAUUGUGGAUGGUGAUGGCCUGGGAGUUUUCAAAAUUUCUGUUGACAAAGAUACACAGGAAGGAAUCAUUACUAUUCAGAAGGAGCUGGAUUUUGAAGCCAAGACAAGUUAUACACUGCGCAUAGAAGCCUCCAAUAAACAUGUUGAUCCUCGCUUCCUGAGUCUGGGACCCUUUAGUGAUAUGACAACAGUGAAGAUAAUUGUGGAAGAUGUGGAUGAACCCCCUGUGUUUAGCUCCCGUUUAUAUUCCAUGGAGGUGUCUGAAGCCACCCAAGUUGGCAAUAUCAUUGGAACCGUAACAGCACAUGACCCAGAUUCUUCAAACAGUCCUGUUAGGUACUCGAUAGAUAGAAACACUGAUUUGGAGAGAUAUUUCAAUAUUGAUGCCAACAGUGGAGUUAUUACAACUGCCAAGUCUUUGGACCGGGAGACAAAUGCUGUUCAUAACAUCACAGUCCUGGCAAUGGAAAGUCAGAAUCCAUCUCAAGUAGGAAGAGGCUAUGUGGCCAUCACUAUUUUGGACAUCAAUGACAAUGCCCCUGAAUUUGCCAUGGAUUAUGAGACCACUGUCUGUGAAAAUGCCCAACCUGGUCAGAUUAUCCAGAAAAUCAGUGCAGUUGAUAAAGAUGAGCCAUCCAGCGGUCACCAGUUUUACUUCAGCUUAACAGCUGAUGCAGCAAAUAAUCACAAUUUUUCUUUAAAGGACAACAAAGAUAAUACUGCCUCAGUACUCACCAGAAGGAAUGGAUUCCGGAGACAAGAACAGUCUGUUUACUAUUUGCCAAUUUUCAUCGUGGACAGUGGUUCUCCUUCCCUUAGCAGUACCAACACUCUUACCAUUCGAGUAUGUGACUGUGAUGCAGAUGGCAUAGCUCAGACAUGUAAUGCAGAGGCUUACAUUUUACCAGCAGGACUAAGCACAGGAGCACUUAUAGCAAUCCUUGCCUGUGUCCUGACAUUAUUAGUGUUGGUCCUUAUGAUUGUCACAAUGAGAAGACGGAAAAAAGAACCACUGAUUUUUGAUGAGGAGAGAGAUAUUAGAGAAAAUAUUGUCCGUUAUGAUGAUGAAGGUGGUGGUGAAGAAGACACAGAAGCUUUUGAUAUGGCUGCUUUGAGGAACUUGAAUGUCAUCCGAGAUACCAAAACUCGAAGGGAUGUGACACCAGAGAUUCAAUUCUUAAGUCGACCAACUUUUAAAAGUAUUCCCGAUAACGUCAUUUUUAGGGAAUUUAUUUGGGAAAGAUUAAAAGAAGCUGAUAUAGAUCCCUGUGCUCCUCCUUAUGAUUCUCUACAGACAUAUGCCUUUGAGGGAAAUGGUUCAGUAGCUGAAUCACUCAGUUCUUUAGAUUCUAUCAGCUCAAACUCUGAUCAGAAUUAUGAUUAUCUUAGUGACUGGGGGCCUCGUUUUAAAAGACUUGCUGAUAUGUAUGGAACUAGCCAGGAUGGCUUAUAUUCAUAGCCUUGGGACCUUAAUAGGAAAUACACUGAAGACAGACAAAACAAAACAAAAAAGAGCAAAUACAAGCUCCACUUACUGGAUUUAAAAAGGUGUAAAUAUUUCUCCAUUUUUAACCAUUUAGGUUUUUGCCUUGGUGAAGCAUAUCUUCAUUAGACUUGUUCUAGAGACUUCACUGACUACAGAUGCUGAGCAUUUGAAGGUAUUUUGAUAAAAUGAGAUGCUCAGAUGUAUUUGGAUAGCAACCCUUAUAUACCUGCAAAGGCAACUAACUUCUCUGAAUCAGUAGUGCACUGUGACCUUAAUGAGCCAGUGAUAACCCUGUAAAUGCCUUCCCAGUUUGACUAUGUCUACAUGUAAAGUUUAUCUCUCCAAUAUGAUGAAUGGAAGAAAAAAAUGUGGUGCCAAUCUAAGAAGACUUAGUUUUUUAUACCAUAUCCUUUAGAGUGAACCUGCAGCUUUCUGGCUCAUGACAUCUAGCAGAAUUUUGUUACUUUUGACUAAAAAAUCCAAAUUACCAGGAAUACUUGCAAAUGCCUAGUUAGAUACACAUUUUUUUUUCAGUCUACUCCCACCAUUGAAACAAGCAAAACCCUCUAGCAUAUGUUGAUGUAAUUUAUACUAAAAUGUAUAUACAUGUCUAUAAAGCAUUAUCUUAUAAAAAUAAUUUAUGAAAUUAUCAAAAUAAGAUUAGAGAAAAAAUUCUCAAAUUUAAAAAUCGUCAUUAAAUGCCAGUGUAGGUAUGGGGGGAAAGUUGCUGUCUAUUUGUUUUUUAUUAUCUCUUCUGAUUUGUACAGGAGAAUAUACCUUUUUUUUUUUUUUUUAAUUUGACACAUGGUGUUAUAUUUAUUUUGGAGCUCAAACUCCACAAAAUUCAGGUCCAUUUUACUGCCUCACAGUAUUAAACUCAUCAGAACAUGCUGAUUUUUCUCCAGUCUCAGCUACAUGAAGGAAAUGAAGCAUAGAAAUGGAGAAAUUACAGUAAAGCAACCGAGCCCUAUAGUCAUUCAGGUCUCAGAAAGGAACACAGCUACAAGGGCACACAGUUGUUCUUCUGAGCCAUUAGAAUGGCUGAAAUAUUUAAAUAAAGUAUUUGUACCUUGUAUUUUGGAAAGAAGACUACAGAGGAAUGGGGAGUAUCUUUGAAUGGAAGAUUGAAUUUUCAAGGUCAUAAGUUCUCUAUGCUCCUAAGACUUAAAAGAAUUUGUUUUCCCUAGCGCCACCCCACUUUGCUGUUGAAGCACUUAGUGAAAGACUGUUUGAAAUGUUUUUCCUAUGUUAAAAAAAAUGUAAUGCUAUUAACUUCAGUAUCCAUCUUUAAAUCCUGAUGCAAAUAAGUAAGUCACCCAAGGAAUUAACUUCACAAUGCAUAAUUUCUAUACAGGUCUGGGAGUGCCAAAAUGAGGGGGAUAAUUUCAGACAGUCAAAAUACUGUAUAAUUUUGAAAUAGAAUUUCUUAGAAUAAGACAAGUUUUUAUGAUUCCAAUAAUAUUUAUACCUACAAGCUUUCAUGGUUUAAUACUAGUUUAUGAUGCAUAUAAUCAAUUAAGAAAUUUUUUUUCUUCUCCCUUUACUUAAAAAAAAGUUUGUAGUUGAGUUACUAAUAAAUCUGCAGAUAGUGGGCACUGUGUAAAAAUAGUGCUCUAAAAGAGCUUCUUUCUAUAUGAAAUAUGUGUUUAAUACACAUGAAAAAAGUAUCUAUAAAGGAAUCUAAUUUUUGCAGAACAACAUUAUAAAAGAAGUAUGUGAAAGUGGCCUUCAGAUUCAUCAAAAUAAAAAGUUCAACAAAUGUAAUUAUCUGAAAACUUAUUUAAUUUUAGUAUAGCUUUCCAAGACAGUCAUUUUAUGAGUCAUUAGAUCUGCUAUAAAUUGUAUCAAAAAACACAUACGUAAAUACGUACAUAUAUACAUACAUACAUAUAAUUUCAUAGUGAAACUGAAAGAUAUUAUUCAUGACUUUUAGUCAAAUAUGUAAGGUUUUCAAUAAAAAAGGAUUGCAAAAAAUGAAGCUUACCCUGUUCAAUUAAAAGCAAAAUUUGCUACAGGAAUUAUAUAGGUGUUAAAUCAUCCAGGUGCUGAGAAAACAAUUUUAUAAUAAUCUUAUUUGCAGGAAGAUAAGAUAGUUUGGUACAUUUGGAUCAUGAUGUCAAAACUGCUGAUUGUUGCACAUAUCACUAAAUGCAAUUCUGAGUAUGUUAUAAAAAAGAAAUAUCAUUCAUCUUGCUUUUCUUCCAUUUAAUAAGCAUAUAAAUUUUCUUAUGCUUUUGUCUCUCCAUAUAUGAUUAUAAUAGAAGCAGAGAAAUCAACUCUAAUUUUUAGUGCUCUGAAAUUAUUUCCUGAAAAUACUGGAUAUUUGAUGACCUGGUGAGAGUCCUUGAACUUCUGCUCUCUUAAACACAUCUGUGGAAUUUAGAGUCACCUUUUUUGGGAGGGUAUGGGAAAAAAUUCCUUAAAGUGAAUGAUAGGUGUCACACACAGGUAUUGCUCAAUUAUCUUUAUAAAACAAAAAGUUCAUUGUAAUUGUAAUGUUUUAGGUUUUUUCUUUUCCUUUUUUUCUUGCAGACAUUAAUAUAUGAGUGAUAGCUAAGAUCAUUUGGAAACUACUAAGUAGUUUCUCUGAACCAAGAAGGGAGUAAUUGGCUAUGAAGAACUAAAAGCAUAGUAACUAAAUUACAACAGCUUAAAGGAUAUCUUCAAUGAAAUGUCUGCUCUCAUUCUUAAAUAUCUGUUCUUUAAGAUAGUAUAACAAUAAAUUCCAGUAAUAUACUAAUUUGCAAAAAAUAAUAAAAAUAAAGCUGACAGUUGCAUAGUGCUUGAAGAAUUACAAAAUGUUUUACCUGUAUUAUCUUGUUUGAGACUAUGAAAAUACUAGAACUGACAAGAGAAGUUUCUGCUUUGUCUUCAAAAUAUGUAGAUAACAAAGAGGACAAAAAUUAUCUCCUAAAUACUUUCCUCUGUAUCCUCAAUGUGGAGUCAUCAGUCCAUUUUGAGUAAUAAUAAAAUAAAAUGUUUCAGUAUGGAUAUUGGCUCAAGGAGGCAAUAGGUUUAUAUAAUCAUAUAUUUACAUAAACAAGUACAUAGGUACAUAUACACAUGAGUGUCAUCUAUGCAUGUGCAUGUAUACUUACAUAUGCAUAUGUGUAUGAUGUGACUAUCUAUGUGUGUAUACACAUAGACAUGUGUGUAUACCAAUAUAUCUCCCUCUCUCUCCUAUAGAACAUAGAUAGAUCUCACAGACAGCAUUGCAUAGUGAAUAGAGAGCUUGCCUCAGUGCCCAGAUGACUUGGGGUCAAUUCCUGAAUCUGAUUCUUGCUAAAGCUGUGUUACUUUGGUGCCCCAAUCAACUUUUUACAGAAUAGUUGCCAAUUUGCACACAGUAAGUCUGUGUGUGUAUGUAUGUGUGUAUAUGUAUAUAUCUAUAUCUAUAUAUAGAUAUAUAUACCUAUUU